GUGUUGUAUGUGAAUAAUGGGAAUUUAGUUGUGAAUUUUACAGUGACGCUGGUGAGAUGAGGAGAUUUAGUAGACUGCUGCAUGUUCCUCGAAAGCAGAUCAGACCAUUUAUAGACAUAAUUCAAUCUCAUGGCUACACCGCUGAGGAGCACGUUGCUCACACAGAUGAUGGGUAUUUGCUGACAUUGCACCGUAUACCACCACGAGCAACAGAGCGUAGAGGUGUUGUCUUCCUACAACAUGGACUUCUCUGCUCUUCCGUUGAUUGGAUUGUGUGCGGUCCAGCGAGGGGUUUACCAUACAUGCUUGCCGAAGAAGGUUUCGAUGUAUGGCUGGGGAAUUCUCGAGGAAAUUCCUUCUCACGGCAACACGUGUCUCUUGAUCCGAAAAUGGAGGCCUUCUGGCAAUUUAGCUGGCACGAAGUUGGGAUUUACGAUCUACCAGCAAUGAUUGAUUAUGCCCUCAAUACGACUGGGCAUGAAUCCUUGCACUACAUUGGCUACUCCCAAGGAAGUACUGCGUUCUUCGUUAUGGCAUCAAUGCGAGAGGUGUACAAUGAAAAAAUUUCCCUCUGCCAAGCUCUCGCACCUGUGGCUUUUCUAUCGGAUUCCAAGAGUUUAUUUCUGAAGGCACUCGCACCAUUUGCAAAUCAAUUCAAAUCAAUAUUUAAUCUUCUCGGACAGUAUGAAUUUUUACGUAAUAGAAAAUUCAUGGAGCAAAGGGAAGAGCUGUACGAUAAAUCACAAAUAGAAACUUUGUGGCACAAUGUUCUAUUUAAAAUCAUUGAGAAAUGUUGUGAGCAAAAUGAUCCUGUACUUUUAGCAAAAAUAAUUGAAAACACUCCUGCUGGUGCAUCAAUCAAUCAACUUGUGCAUUAUGCACAAAUCAUAAGCACAGGAAAAUUCAGUCAUUUUGAUUUUGAAAUGCAAGGAAAUUUAAUAAAAUACGGCACUAAAAGACCCCCAGAGUAUCCCCUUCAUAGAAUAAAAAUUCCAACAAUUUUCCACAUUGCUGAUAACGACAUUUUCUCAUCCGUCAGCGAUGUUGAAAAACUCACAAAGACUUUGCCACACCACGUUCAAAAUAUCCGUGUACCAUUUCCUAAAUUUAACCACUUGGAUUUCCUCUUUGCAACCAAUGCGCGAGCUUUGGUUUAUGAGACUGUUGUUGAUGUUCUCAACAAAAAUGCAAUCAAUAAGUGUGAGAAAAAAUAUAGAUAUAUAAAGUUGAAGACAAUGAGUAGGUGUAGUGUGGUGAAAAUUGUGAUUUUUGCACUGUUGUGCGUUAAGUUAUCCCAUGGAGACAGUAUCUUUGGAUUUUGGUCACGCAUUAUGCCGGGUGAGGGAUCAUCCACGGAAUCAUCGGCUGAAUCCUCAAAAUCAUCCAAGGAAAAUCUCGAAAUGUUCAGCAGCCCUCUUGGUCCUCUUGAGGCAAUCUCAGCGGAAUCUGUGGACCAAAUAAGUGAGAUUAGUAAAAUUUGGAAUCCCCUGUCGUGGUUCCAAUCCACUGAGCCCGAGCAGAAGCUACCCUUCAAUUUGGAUUCAGAGUUGGGGACAGCGGAAAUAAUUCGUCGUCACGGCUACCCCUCGGAAGCUCAUACAAUACAAACGGAAGAUGGAUACUUGCUGACUGUCCACCGUAUCCCUUGUGCCCGUUCAGGGUGGACGAGCUGUUUAGCCCAGGGUCGAGGGCGCGGGAAGGCGGUUUUUGUCCAACACGGGCUUUUGGGUAGUUCGGCCGACUGGGUGCUCAGUGGCCCUGAAAAUGGAUUAGCCUUUCUAUUAGCGGAUGUGGGGUAUGAUGUGUGGAUUGGGAAUGCACGUGGCAACACUUACUCCAACCGCCACAUCACACUGAGGAAGGACGAUAGCAAAUUUUGGGAUUUCAGCUGGCACGAAAUGGCCAAAUACGAUAUUCCCGCAGCCAUUGAUUACGUCCUCGAAGUGAAGAACACAGAGAACAAGAGAUACUCCUCCAAUGACACAGUCAUGCAGAUACAUACCGACAUUCUCUAUGUUGGUCACUCAAUGGGGACAACUAUGGCUUUUGCAAUGCUAGCUAUGCGUCCCGAGUACAAUAGCAAAGUUAAAGCAAUGUUCGCUCUAGCUCCUGUUGCAUUCAUGGCCCAUGUGAAGAGUCCAUUGAGGCUAAUUGCACCAUUCUCAAAAGAUCUGGCGUGGUUAAUUAAAUUUAUGGGAAAUGAGUUUCUGCCAAAAAAUAAAAUUAUUACGUUCCUGGCAAAAUAUGCAUGUGAGAUGAACGAUGUGGAGCGCUAUAUAUGCGAAAAUAGUAUUUUUGUCUUGUGCGGAUUCGACAGAGCUCAAUACAAUGCGGAUCUCACCCCCGUAAUUUUUGCCCACGCACCCGCUGGGGCUUCCACUAAAACACUCGUCCACUAUGCACAGGAAAUUCACGAGAAGGGCGAUUUCAAGUACUUCGAUUAUGGGCGUAGUGAGAAUGAGAAGCGCUAUGGACAGCACUCACCCCCGCGCUAUAAUCUCACAAAUAUAUCCACUCCGGUGGCAUUGAUUUAUGCAACCAACGAUUGGCUAGCAGGACCCCAAGAUGUCGAGUUGCUGCACAAGAGGCUCCCAAACUCAAUAGGUAUGUUCAAAGUACCUUUCGAAACUUUCAACCACUUGGACUUUAUGUGGGGAUUGGACGUUAAGCGUUUGGUGUACAUUGAUAUGUUGAAGCUUAUGGAGAAAUACCGGACAACAUAAGUUUCGCCCUUUUGUGAUUUUUUACUUAACAUUUGGAGUUUUAAUAAAAAAAUUCUCCAAGCAAAUGAAGCAAAAGGAUUUAUUGGACAAAAAUAAAAUUCUGCACGAACAUACAGAAAUUUUUGUGUGAAGGAAAACAUUGGUGAUGAAAAUGUAAUAAAAUCCAGAGAUAUGACGGCAAAGAGGAAAUAAAAGCUCCACCACAAAUAUAA